AUGCAGCAGGAAAGAAAACUGAGAUACAACAUGUGCAUCUUAUUCCUAUAUUACUGUGACAAACCAAGUGCUGAUGGAUACCGCCUUAUUGUGGCAUCCAACAGGGAUGAAUAUUACGACAGACCGACAGCAAGGGCUACGUUUUGGGAAAAAAAUCCCAAGAUAAUUGCAGGUAAAAUUGUUCAAAUCACCCCAUGUAAGGCAAAAUGAGGUAAUCCGUAUUCCGGAAUCCCCGGAACUAUUUGCUUGGGAAAUUUGGAAUCCUGGAUCCUAGAAUCUGUAAUCCAGCUUAGUUCCACAGACAAGGGAACCGGAAUCCAGUCCAAGACUGUCCGCUUGAAUAGGGAGGAGAAGUCGUUACGUCACAUUGCCAUGGUAGCAAAAUAAUCGAUGACAGCAAACCGAAAACUUCACUUAAAAAGUGGAUUUGCACUGCUUCAAACUUCAUCGAUCUUAUUCAAUUUCAUUUAAUUUGGCAAAUAUUGGCGAAAUUUUGUCGGGUUGAAUCCGAAAGGACCGUAGCUAAAAUUAGAAAAAGAAAAAGACAACGCGCACGUCUGUGUUGUGUUCACCUACUCCAUAAAGUGAGCGUGUGAAAUUAGGAAGUUUUAUGUCGCAGUGGUGCAACGACGGCAAAGAAAUGUACAAAAUAGCGUGAUGCACGUGCAAAGUUGUUGUUUUGUCAAUAAAAACCGAUUACUUUUUUGCCGUUCUCCUUGUCGUCGUCGUCGGUUUUGUUUUCAUCCAGAAAUAGUGCUGCCAUGGUAACUGACGACACACGUCUUCUGUCUAUUACCCUACAUGUAUCGUAUUUAUAUUUUUAUGAUAACCUCCUUAUACAAGUUUUCGUCUAUUGUAUUUCUCCACCAAUCACAUUUUAUUUGUGUAUUUGUAUCACUUUAAAUGCUGUAACAGUUUAUUUUAUUCUCACUUAGCUUUUUUAGCCCGUGAUGAAAGCUGAUGAAGACUAGUUUUGUCUAGUCGAAAUAUUGGGCAAACAAAUCUGUAACCCUUGCCUUCAAUUUUAAAUUAAAACAUAGUAUUUUCCGGGUGGGUACUCGGGUUAAUUUUUGCUGGGUAUGUGCCACUGGCCUCUCAGAGCCCCUACCCCAUUACAGUCUAUUCGGUGACCAAUUAUAGACCCCAUCUUAGUCACUUUUGGGCAAGUAUAUAAUUUUCGCGAUCCCAGUUUAGUCAUUUCCCAUUGUGAAUGCGACCCCAUUAUAGUCAAUCCAGUCGUGAAAAUGCGACCCCAUCCAGCCGUUCAUCCCCAUCAGUCUCUUACAAGGAAGUACCCCUCCCCGGAGUAUCUUAUGCCCCCUUCUCGCUUGCUAAUCAAGUUAUGUACUGAAAAAUUUUCGUUGCUAACAGUUAGGCUGUUCAAUAGUGUUUUUGACCUGUCAACUCUCUCAAACUCGGAUCGCUUAAUGGCUAAGGUUUUGAGCAAAGCUGAGCAAAAACCUGGACUCUACAGCCAAAUGACGUGGUAAAACCGGCAUGUAUGAACCUGAGGCUUUUGACUUAAAGCCUAGUUCAACCGCGGUUAAUCAUUGUUAAUGGAGUAUACGUACAAGAACAAGCUUGCUAACAAUGCUUACGGGUCAUGUAUACCCAAUCUCACUGAGAGCAGGAGCCGACUGCUGAAAGUUAUUUUUUCCGUUUACAGGGAUGGAUCUGAAGCCAGGUAGAGAGGGCGGAACUUGGCUAGGUAUAACUAAGGAUGGGACAUUUGGAGCAAUCACAAACUACAGACAAUCGCCAACCUUUCUAAAUCCACACGCAGUUGGAAAAGGGCAUUUGGUACCAGACUUCUUAGAAGGAGAUGGUAACGUCAGAAAGUACCUUGAAGAAGUCAGCAGAACAGCUGACAAGUAUAACGGCUUCAAUCUCUUGGUGGGCAAGUUAUCCUUAACUGGAAGCUCUAACUUUGGAUGCUUUUGCAACGCCGAUAAAGAAAAUAUCAGGGUGUUGACACCUGGAAUUCAUGCCCUGUCAAAUAAUGUCCUGGAUUGCCCAUGGCCGAAGAUGGUUUAUGGAAAGGAUAGAUUUGCAAACAUUUUAAAUGAAGCCUGCACCAAACAGGAGCUUGUUGAUAAGCUGAUUGGGAUGCUAAAUUUGCGAGAUAGGUAA